AUCUGUCACUGGGGGUUGACUGGGUGGGCGCUAAUCUACUGGAUUGUGUUGACUGGGAAUUUCUAUUGGUGGUCCGGUCAAAGAUUUUUGGGACAGGCGUGGACUGGACUAAGGUGAAAAUACUUGAACCGUCUCACGAGAAAAACCUGAGAUUUAACUGAUUAUUGUUUACAUUGCAAAAACACGGGAACCGAACCAAAUCGAUCCGGAUUCAUCUGAAAACGCUUCGGAAAACAGAUUAUUUCUUCCCGGCGCGCGUGAAGUGAAGUGUGUCCCGGAAUUAGUUUUGAUCAAGCUAAAAAAAAAAAAAAAAGGACCCUAAUUUCAGCGCACCACUAAGGGAAGAUAACGAUAGGGGGUAACUAACGCUAGCCUAAAGACAUUACCUGCUGGAAAACGCCGAUUCUCCAGGGUCGCCAUUGUGAGGAGCGAGAAAGCAGAGUAAGGCACGUUAUAGUCCAGGGACGAGGAUGUGAUGGACAUCCUCGCCUGAGGACCGCAGAAAAAUCGACUUUGGGAUACUCGAGGCCUCGGAGGGAAUCCUCCGUCGUCCCCCUUGAGCUACUCAGCUCGCGUCCUGUCUCUCAAUCGUUAACAAUUAGCACGCAAGGACGCGGCUGCAUGCGGCCUUGCCUGGGAGGGUCUGCCGAGCACCGGUUAAAACAACAGACGGUUUCAGGGGCGAGCAUUUCGCAGGACCGAGGAAAAGAUUGCAUUACACCAUGAUGGAAGAACUGCACAGCCUGGACCCCCGGCGGCAGGAGCUGUUGGAGGCUCGCUUUACUGGGGUCGGUGUAGCCAAGGGCUCAAGUCAGAGUCAAAAUGAGUCAUCUAACCAGAGUCUGUGCAGUGUCGGCUCACUCAGUGACAAAGAACUGGAGACUCCGGAGAAAAAGGUGAAUGAGCAGAGAGUGCGAAAACGCAAAGCGGACCACUUUGAUGGCAGUCAAAGUAAAGCAGGAGGAAGAGGACAUAAAAUUAGUGAUUAUUUUGAGUUUGCGGGAGGUAGCGGUCCUGGUACCAGUCCUGCCAGGGGGAUACCACCAGUGGUCCGCUCUUCCCCUCAACACUCUCUGUCCAACCCUCCUGUUGCGGUUCAGCAGGGAAGCCCGUCUUCUCUUGGCUCUAUCAACGCUGAGCUCUCCUCGUGUUCAGUGAAGCCCAUUUCUCUCCAUAUGCUCCACAAAGCCACACAGUCUGAUCUAACUAUAGAGAAACUAACCGCACUGGAGAACAACAAGAACUCAGACCUGGAGAAGAAGGAGGGUCGAAUAGACGAUUUGCUGAGGGCAAACUGUGAUCUCAGAAGACAAAUUGACGAACAGCAGAAGAUGUUAGAGAGGUAUAAGGAGCGUUUAAAUAAAUGCGUGACUAUGUCCAAGAAGCUCCUCAUCGAAAAGUCCAAACAGGAGAAGAUGGCAUGUCGGGAUAAGAGCAUGCAGGAUAGGCUUCGACUGGGACACUUCACUACAGUAAGACAUGGAGCGUCUUUCACUGAACAGUGGACAGAUGGAUACGCCUUCCAAAACCUUAUCAAACAACAGGAGAGGAUUAACUCUCAGCGAGAGGACAUUGAAAGGCAGCGGAAGCUUCUAGCCAAACGGAAACCUCCCUCUAUGGCCCAGACUCCACCGCCAAGCCUGGAGCAAAACAAACGCAAGAGCAAGACGAAUGGAGCUGAAAGCGAAACAUUAUCCCAGGCAGAGUAUCAUGAACAGGAGGAGAUCUUUAAACUGAGACUAGGGUAUCUGAAAAAGGAGGAGGCAGAGAUUCAGGCAGAGCUGGAGAGGUUGGAGCGAGUGCGUAAUCUUCACAUACGUGAGCUGAAAAGGAUCCACAACGAGGAUAAUUCCCAAUUUAAAGAUCACCCAACGCUAAAUGACAGAUAUCUGCUGCUGCAUUUACUCGGUCGAGGGGGCUUCAGUGAAGUGUACAAGGCUUUUGACUUAACAGAGCAAAGGUAUGUUGCAGUUAAAAUCCACCAGUUAAACAAGAACUGGAGGGAUGAGAAGAAGGAAAAUUAUCACAAACAUGCGUGCAGAGAAUAUAGAAUCCAUAAAGAGCUGGACCACCCGCGAAUAGUUAAACUCUAUGACUACUUUUCACUCGACACUGACUCGUUCUGCACCGUCCUGGAGUACUGCGAGGGCAAUGAUCUGGAUUUCUACCUGAAGCAGCACAAGCUCAUGUCGGAAAAAGAGGGACGCUCCAUCAUCAUGCAGAUAGUCAACGCUCUGAAGUACCUCAAUGAGAUCAGGCCACCCAUAAUCCACUAUGACCUUAAACCUGGGAACAUCCUGCUCGUGAACGGCACUGCCUGCGGGGAGAUUAAGAUCACUGACUUUGGCCUUUCGAAGAUCAUGGACGACGACAGCUACAACGCUGUGGAUGGGAUGGAGCUGACGUCACAGGGAGCAGGAACCUACUGGUACUUGCCUCCGGAGUGUUUUGUAGUUGGCAAAGAGCCACCAAAAAUCUCCAACAAGGUUGAUGUUUGGUCUGUGGGGGUCAUUUUCUACCAGUGUUUGUAUGGUCGCAAGCCUUUUGGCCACAACCAGUCCCAGCAGGACAUCCUGCAGGAGAACACAAUUCUUAAGGCAACGGAUGUUCAGUUCCCCCCUAAACCUGUAGUCACUCCUGAAGCUAAGGCCUUUAUAAGGCGUUGUUUAGUGUACCGUAAGGAGGACCGCAUCGAUGUGCAUCAACUGGCCAGUGACCCCUUCCUAAUGCCUCACAUACGCAAGUCAGUGGCGUCCUCGGGCGGCGCUGGCAUGGCGGUGGCUUCCACAUCCAGCUCCUCCAACAACAGCUCCUCAAACUGAGCCCGCACCUCUAAUGUGACUCGACCGUUUGAAAGGGUUGGGUGGGGUGGGGGAGACAUCGUACUAUCCCCCCCCCCUCCUAAUAGCGUCCCACCUUACUGUUAAGAGCUCAGUUGGGAGCUGGUCAGAUGGCGUUGAGGAGUGGCGAGAAGUCAUGGAAGGGGUUGAGGACGAUCGCCUCUGAAGUCCAUCCCAGCCCCACAUAUCCUGCUUCUGUGACGGGUGGCGUGGUGGGAGGGAGUGGGGGGAGGUCAAAACCUGGAGGACUCUCAGCAAAAGGGCGGAGUUUUGCCACUGUGUUAAUGAAAAGUGCGGUUUUCUUGUGUCCGAUUAUUCUGCUAAAAAAAGAGAGAUUAAUAUGAAGAAAAAAAAAGCUGAUCCUACAUGGUCAGACAGAAAAGACUGGAAAGUGUCAUUUUCAUUCACUCUCUUAAACUUCCGUGCAUGAGCCAUUCUGGACGGACCUUCCCAAGCUCAAGCGUGUUCUUCAUCUCCCUGAAGCGGACGGCGUAGCCAGUCUGGUGAAGUACUAACGGCACUGUGUGAUCCAGCUCACUGUUCUGGAAAGGUUAGCUUAAACUCCAGACCUGUACAGUUUGAGUGGAUGAGGGACAAAAGUUCGGCUUUUUCUCGUCUUUCCUCCCGCAUCUAAACUCCUGUGACCAAAGCUUUGAACUUCCAGCUGGUGGCAGUGUUCCACCUCUGUUUUUAUAAUGAAUGCUUUUAGAGUUGUUAUACUUGACAUGGAGUGGAGGCUGCUGGGUAAUUACCCUUUUUGUCAUUUCAAAAAAACAAAACAACUGUUGAGUUUUAACAGUCUAUGGAGGAAAGUGUUGUUUUCAAGUUGCCUUUCAUUAGAAUUCUCCUUGUUUUACUGACCCCCCCCCCUUCCCCCCCUUUUCAUAAAAAUACAUAUUUAUUUAGGUAUGUUUGAAUUUAGUUUUGGCCAAUAAAAUGCAAGGGACUGGUUUACCUUAUAAUACUGUUCUGGGGACAAUGGGCCUUAGCAGAAAGUCACAUGAACCAUUAAAUGCUUUUGGUUAAAGUGCGUUUGUUUUUCUGUGCUUUUGUUUGGCUGUUUUUUUGUUUGUUUUUUUCAUCAGAUUUCUGCGAAUGUUUUCAAUUUACAGCAGAGCUGAAAAUGUAUUCAUAAGCAUUUUGUUUGUGCUUGGCAGUUCUUUUUUUUUUCCUUUUCUUUAUAUAUUUGGUUUCACUGCCCGUAAAUCAAAUACAAAUAUAUUCAAGAAAGUGCUUGAAAUGAG